UCAGCGUCUUCGUCCUCGUCUUACUCAAACAAGUCUCCGUUCCUGAGAAAAAGCUCUUCCCUCAAGUACGCCGGCGGCGACGGCGAAGGGGCAAGCGAGGGUUUCUCUGAAAAGGGGGGUUCGUCUUCAAUCGGGCGGAAAUGCACCAACUUGGCGAAAGAACAGAAGGCCAGAUUCUACAUCAUGCGCCGCUGCAUCGCCAUGCUCGUCUGUUGGCACAAGCACGCCGCCGAUCCCUGA